CACAAAGAGAAUUUAACACUAAUUGAUGUAACAUAUAUCGAAGACAAUGAAGGUGGCUAUAGUAUUAUGGGUGUUGGGGCGUGCAUUAUUUGUGAAGGCCGAUACUGCAUGUACGGACCAAGGAGGGUACUGUCAUACUGGAUCCUGUGGUGGAUUCUGGAAGAGCGGCCUUUGCUAUGGUCCGGCAGAGAGAAGAUGCUGCAUCGACACUGCUGGAGAUAGUGAAUGUACAAGUGCCGGAGGUAACUGCCAGACAACGACCUGCAGCGGAGUCUUUCAAAGCGGUCUUUGCGCUGGACCUGUCGAUAGAAGAUGUUGCUUACAGGAUAGUGCGUGUAUAGACGCGGGAGGAACUUGUCAAACAACGGCAUGCAGUGGUACAUCGAUGACUGGACUCUGUUCUGGACCCACAGACAGGAGAUGCUGUGUUCAGAAUAACGGUGAAGAUAAACUGAGCCACUCCGAGGCUGCUUCGAUGCUCUCCGAUACGGGCAUUAGUAUCAGCUCUAGUGGGGGAUGCUCCGACAGGUACGAUGGAACCUGCACAAGUCUUGAGCAGAUAAGACGCGCCACUAUCACGGGAACCAUCAAUGAGAUUAAGAUACCAAGCGGAUGCUCAGUUACGGUGACAGGUGGGACUGAAACAGGGCACUCAAGCGGGACCUAUAGUCACUGGAACGGAUAUAAGAUCGAUCUGAGACUGAACAGUUGUCUGGAUAGUUAUAUCACAACUACGUUUCCGUUCAACCGUUGGAGAGGGAGUGACGCGGUUUACCGGUCCCCAUCUGGGAACGACUAUGUUAAGGAGGGGAACCAUUGGGACAACACAUACUACUAAGAUAUUUCUCCAUUUGUCCGCAAUCCAUUGAUUUAUAGAAAAUGUUUUAUGAAAAUAAAUCAUGAAAUAAA